AUGGAGAAACUACGUAAAAUCAAAACCACGAUCUCGAGGUUUAUGUCAAAACAACCCGUGUCUAUAUCAUUAGUAACAUUUCAGAAUCCAACUCUCAGUCCUUGUCGAUCACCUAUGACACAUGUUGUUUCAUUAUUCCCUAAGGAAGCUAGAAGAAAGCAGAAACGUGGAAUUAGUUUUAGUCCAAAAGAACCAACUUCUCCUAAAGUCUCGUGCAUCGGUCAAGUUAACCGCAAGAAGAAGAAGAUGAAGGAAAAGGAAAAGAAAUUGCAUAAAGAGGUUCAGCAGGUUGUUUCAACCAAAACGAAUGAUGAAAAGAAGGUUCUGGUUUGGAUUUCUAAGGGAAGUUGCGAGGGAAGGAAACAAGGCCGGGAAAAGAAGACAUCGGCUAUGGUUAGUAGUGUUCCUCCAUCAUUGGAUGCUAUGAAGAAAUUUACUAGUGGGAGAGGAUCUUUACAUGAUUUUGAUGCAACACUAUCAGAAAGGUGA